UGUUAUGGUUCCCCCGCGUGUACAGACCUCAACGUAAGGCGCGUUAAAUCGUAACUUUCUUCGUGGUUCUUGAAGCAGUUCUCCAGCAUGAAUUUAACACACGACUUGGAGCUUUUCCCCGACCUCAGGGUGACUCAAAUGCUUUUCAAGGAGGUGACAAAUGCCGCAGAGUUGAGACAGUAUGCGGUGGAGGGUAAAAUAAGUGCUGCCCUCAUCAACCCAACCAUGCUGGUGAGUCCUUUCCAGGUGCUGGUAGCUGCCAACAAGGCUGUUAGCUUACAGAAAAUUGGGAAAAUGAAGACUAGGAGUUUAUUCUCAGAAAUAAUCUUCAACCUGUCACCUACUAAUAAUAUCUCAGAGGCUUUCAAAAGGUUUGGGAUCUCUGACGGCGAUGACUCUGUCCUGGUGGUCCUGGUUCACACUGAAGAUGUGUCGCCGCUUGUGUCUGACAUCAGAGCCAGGGUGAACGGACGGCAGGUUCCAGCGGAAGAUGUUCCCUCAGUGACGGACCAUGCAAAAAUCAAAAAGCUGUAUAAAGUCACCCCACAGGAGGAGAAGUGUGGGUCUCUGUUGGACGCAGUUGUAUGCAGGAUGGCCACCAAAGACGUCAUGUAGCUACGACAGGAAAAAGGACCAGAACAGGCCUUAAAAAAGAAAAUUAAUAGGUUGCCUUUGUUCAUAUGGGAUGGGGAUUCAUACUAAUAUUUUUCUUUUAUGCUGUUGACGUUUUUCCAACACAUUGUAAGGACAUGCAAACCUUGUCUUAUGUGCACUCCGUACCAUCUCAAAUCGGUGUUACAAAAAGUCCCAUUUUCUGUACAUCAGGUCAUGAUCACAGCUGAGAAAAUACACUUUAUUUUUCAUACA